CCCGAGCAAUACCUGCAAUUGAGGAUUCCUCCCCAGGAGGCAGCUGCCUGUCAGCAUGGCUCAAGAGUUUGUGAACAGCAAAAUCCAGCCCAGGAAGGUGGUUGUGUUCAUCAAGCCCAACUGCCCCUACUGCAGAAGGACCCAAGAGCUCCUCAGCGAACUGCCCUUCAAACAAGGGGUUUUGGAGUUUGUCGAUAUCACGGCCACCAGUGACACAAGCAAGAUUCAAGAUUACUUGGAAACGCUCACAGGAGCCAGAACGGUACCUCGGGUCUUUAUCGGUAAAGACUGUAUAGGCGGAUGCAGUGAUCUGAUCAAUAUGCAUCAGAGUGGGGAACUGUCGGAGCGGCUAAAUCAGAUUGGAGCUCUACAGUAAUUCUAGGUGACAGAUCCCAGGAUGAUAUCCCGCUGAGAGCUGGAGGGCACUUCCAUGAUAACCACACUUCCUGGUGGAUGGAUCUGCGGCUAAAAUCCACAGCAACUGUUUACUUAAAAUUCUGAUAUAUAUGAACAAAAAAAAGGGGGGGGAUUAUUUUGGCAAAAAGAGCUUCUUCUUUUGACUCAGUAUUAAAAGUGGACCAACUUGCCCCAACCCACAGGUCUGAGAAGGUUGAUGGGUAUCUUGGGUUUCUUCUCGAUUGGCCCUUUGGGUUCCAAAAGACCAUGACAAGUGAUGGCUUAGGAUUCACUCAAUGACCCAAAAGGUUGUCUUUCUCUUUGGCACAUGUCUGUUACUAACUGUCCCAUAUGCUAGGACACCUCUACCUCUAAGCCAGUGUUUCUCAACUAAGUUUAUCCCAGGCCCCCCAGGAUGAAUCUGUAAUUGGUUUUCUGCUACUGCCUGAAAGGUACUUUGUUGAGUUUGACUUUAUAGAAUUUGCAUUACAAAAACAAUAGGUCUUUUGAAUGUG